GAGAUUUGCUGUGUUGUCACAGAAUACAGAAGAAUUGACAAGACCGACCAGCCGAACGUCUGUCUAAAUUCAAAUGGCCGUUCUUCAGGUAAAUGAAGUCCAAACGUUCCUCUCUUCUUCUCAAUCAUGUUCUCAAAUAAUGUUUUUUUGUUAACAACGUAUUCCAGGCCCGCUUACUUCUGAUUUCAGAGCUGGCGAUGCUUCUAAAAAGAGUAAUGUAUUAGCAAAGGGUCAUAUGUAAUGGCGGCAACUUCAAGCGUGCAUUUACCAUUUCACUGCGUACAUACGUCAGUAAUUUGAAACACGAAAUUGACACAAGUGAAAGCUAUGACGUGCUCUUAAGAGAAGGGGAAUGCAAUGGGGCAUAUCCUUCCUGCCAACAAUAUUUCUUGUAAAGGGAUAAUUACAAUAUAAAACAGGAAUCACUUCCCUCAAAUUUUCUCAAACGUGAUACUGGAAAUGUAUGAAAUUCCAGCCAGUUAAAUCGCGUCAAAGCAUGGUAAAUAUUUUAGUACUGACCAACUUGGUACGAGUAUAGUGUCACUUAGGUUAUUACCUUUAUAAUACCCCGCUAAUCAUAAUCAGUUACUCGUGGGAUUCGAUUCCAUUAAUCACUCACAAAAAACAACGGUGCAAGCCUUGUAUUUGACGCCACUGUUACAACCGAUCCACGUGAAGCAAAAUUUCACCAAGAAAUGGCGCCUUUUAAUUCCUGCUUCCAAAAUCAAUUACUGAGAAUGAAAUUGUCAAACAUCAGCAGAAAUUGUUUUAAUUCUGUUUUGAUUGAGCGCUACCGUCAAAGAAAACAACUUAUUUUAUCGAGAGACAUCAGGUCAGUAGCCGUCCCUCCGAUGCGACAAACACCUGUUUGGAAAAAACAAGACCUCAAAAUUUACCUCGGAAAUUUCUCCCGCUACUCUUACUUAGAAAGUACUAGAAAUUAAAGAGGAGAUUGCGAGUGCUUUAAAUGUAUAUUGUUUGAUGUUCCAUGAUAUCUAUGAUGUGUAUGUUCUAUUAGUCAAACAGGGAGAAGAAACUCAGGCUUCAAGAUCUGAACUUGUUCAUUACAUGCAAACUUUGCAGUGGAUAUCUGAUUAAACCGACGACGAUCACGGAGUGUCUUCACACAUGUAGGUACCCCGGGAUAAACGAAACGCUUUUGUUUCAAACGGCAACAAUUUGGUCGCGAUAAAGAGAAUAUAAGCCCUGUCCAUCGCUUCUGGGAGUUAAAUAAUCAACAAAAACCGGUAUCAAGUUUUGAUAACGCAAACAUAAAUGUGUCUCUUCUCUUAACUAAAGUGAAAUACGGCAAUUUCCAUUUGUUGUGAAACUGUCGCCUUCUCAGCGCAUUAAAAAACAUCUGCCUGCGUUUGUUAUGAACGACCAUCAAACACUAUUCAUUUCUUUAUUAGUUUAACUCAUGGAGGUAAAACUUUUAAGAAGAUCUUUUGAAGGCGACUGAACGGCAUAUUUUGCCUCUUUCGCCGUGUUUCGCCCAAAUGCAGCAUAAGGUGGUAGAAAACGCGAAUUCUGGAUUUCAGCAUUGCUUUCGUUCGGACAUUAAAAACCAAUCCAAGCUAGUGAUUUACGAGUGAUUCUCCAUUUCAAAGUCAUAAUUAUUCAUAAGAUGGCACACUUUUGACGCUUUUAGAUAAUUUUAUUAGAUACAACAGUAGGGAGUGAUAAGCCUAAAUUAUGAUAACAAUUGCGAAACUUAUAACACGACCAGUAAGCAAACAUCAAAGGCUUUCCUUCAUAGAGAGAGGUUCGUGUACCUCGACCGUGGCCGUUCUGGUGAAGCAGCAGUCCGCGACAACGGCGAAAUAAAAGCUUUUCCUUAGCUACAGCUGCUACUUAAGUCCGCAAUUGUUCAAGUUUCGUUAUUUAUUCUGUGUCCUAGGAGAUAAUAAAGUACCCCUGAGGGAAUAUACAUUACAAUAUUAACAGAUUGCCAACGGCGAGCUGUUCGAUAAGUGCUCCUAGAUAAAUCUGAAUAUGCGUGUUUUACGCGUCUACUGAACGAGUUUAAAUUAUUUGGCAAAUAACGCAAAUUAUACACGAAAUAAGCCGUGGUAUACUUGAAAGGUCAGAGAAUGGCAGGAACGAUGACCUUAUUGUAAACACGCUCUACUGAAACAAAGAGAGUGAUUAGCUUUAGUCAGCUACACAGUCAAGUUUGUUUGUUUCUACGAAUAAUUACGUUUCUCUAGGCUUGAAAAAGAGAUUAGUCCGGCUUACAUUUGAGAAAAUUAGUUUGAAACAGCAAAAUUAGGAAAAAUGCGAAGUUAAUUUGGCUUAUCCAAGAACUAAAUGUGUUUAUCUAUAUGAAGUCUUUUUUUUUGUCAAUUCUUUUCACAAAUAUAAUUUUCCUUAAGUAAUACCUUAAUCUAAUCAUGCGACAAACAUUGUUGCUAGCUCAACGGUUGUGUAACGUGAAGUAAAGAAAUUCUGACCGUUGUUCAUCAUUUUUUUGCAUUCGUGAUUCGUCAUUUGCGCCCAAUAUAUAUCUCAUCAAAAGCCGGAUAGUUCUGCUCGGACACAGAUAAGAACGGCGUGCACUUCAUAAUUGAUUGUCUUGUCACUAAAAAGGCAUAAUUGCAUGUGAUAUAAGAUUCAGGGAUUACAUGCAAACCCAAGUAAACGGGUUGUACUCCUCGAAAUUCUGAACCAGACGUUCAAAGGCAGUGACCAAUCAUUCAUAUAGAAAAUUUUUAAAGGUUAUCACCUACUCGGUGAGUCUUUGCGAUUACGUGCACAGAAUGCUUGGUUUUUAGCUUUAUUUACAAAGAAAGGAGCGUCAUGGAUUUAACUUAAUUCAGCUGUGUACAUAGACCACAACAAGGAUCAUCUCACACUUUUCAAACAACGGUUUUUUAAUGAAUGAGAAUGUGGUUUUUGUGUGCACUAGGACAAACUGCUGUCGGCUUCCUCAUUCAUGUCUAUCGGUCUGGACAAUGUGGAUUACCUAAAUCGAUUAUUGCCAUACGAAUUUGGAUUCCGGCUUAAAAUCAUUAGAGAUCUGCUUAUUGUACAGUGAAAUCCAAUAAGUGAUUUCUUCGCGAACUUGACAUAGUUAUGGUGAUAAACUGACAGAAAAAACCGUCUGGUAUUUGUGACCGCAGGAGAUUUUGUCAUGAGUGUGCGUAAUGCGAGUUCGCGCGCCUGCCACGGCUAUGGCAGGAAAAUUGAGACGUCUUCAUAUACACUUCACAGCAACUAUCGCUAUGGGGAAAAUACUAACGCACAGCGUAAUGACCUUUAUUGGGAAAAAAAUUAUAGACAGCUCCACGUCAACCGUGUCCACUUAAGGUAAGUAACAGAAAGUCCGGACACUCGUUCUUAUAGGAACCUUAACCCUUUACACCGUAAUACCAGUAUGCAUAUUCUUCAUACUGUUCAUCAUACAUUUCCUAAGGUGCUGACAAGGAGAAUUUGUCUAACAAUCAAGAGCUUCUUUAGUUAAUGAUCAUUUCCUUUAUUCUCAGUGACCUUGAUGUGUGAUUCAGGGGAGAUAUAGCAGGGAGAAAUUAGAUGCUGGUCACUCUUAGGGGUGAAAGGGUUAAAGAAAGUCGAGGCAGAGAUUUGCCAAAGCUUUUUCGAAAAUUUUGCUCAUGGAAGAAGUAACUAGAAAUAUACCUCAGACUGAGAGUUAGUUAAGUACGUUUAACUUCUCCGCUAUUUUCAACGAACAGAGGCAGGAAAAUUGUGAGAUUGUACAGUUUACUCAAAUAUUUGGGGAAAUGUUUAUCUAACAUUAAUUAUGGUGCACUAACCGUUUGAAGUUUAUCUCACUUUGCAGUCGAACUCAACCUAAAAAGUUUCUUGGCCGCACAAACUUGUAACUUUAAGAACAUUUUAAGGACGUUUUCAGACUUAAAACGCGAAAAAACGGUUGUGUCGCAACUCCAAAUUUAAACGCGCUUGAAAAAAAGAAAGAGAUUGUAAAAGAGCAAUCGGUUCUGAAGGGACACGAAAACUAGUUGGGUCCAAGGAAUGUUACGGUCGAACUAUCGAGCUUUCGAGUUAAAUUAGCGCAGGUGGAUAUAGUGCAAAUUCAGAGGAAAUUGAUUUUGGUUCGAGUGAGUUUGGGUUUGAAUUAACGGUAUUCAAAUGUAUGUUCAUGAUGAAGACAGUGGGAGAUUUUCUCAGUUGCCAGGAGCUCAAUAAGUGAUAUCUUACAUCAUUAUAUCACUUGGUCUCGAGCUAUGACACACUUUAGAGGAAAGACAUCCGUUGACAAAAAUUAAAAAGAAGGAAAAAGACGUUUUCUAACAGGAGGAAGUGAUCAAAGAAGUAUCUCGUUGACUGCAGCAAAGUAGGUGAUGUUGGGUUCAAAAUGAACAGUUGACCCUUUGACCCCUCAGAGUGACUAGCAUCUAGUUAAUCCUUAUACAAUAUCAACCCUGGAUCACAUUAAGGCCACAAGAAUAAAGUAAAUGAUCACCAAAGAAACUUUUGAUUGGGAAACCAACUCUCCUUGUCAGUACCUUUGGUAAUGUAAGGAGAGUAUGCAUACAGAUGUUGGAAUGUGAAGGAUUGAGAGUUCUUAAGGGCGCCAUUUCGGCCCUGAUGGUCACAAAGACUUAUCAUGGCUCUGUGACAUCUCAACUUUAAGGUUUAUAGAAGUUUACCAACCAUUGUUUCUCAUCAUUACACGAGAGGCUUAAUUGUCUUAUUUUUUUCUUCCACAGUCUGCAGAUCAUGCAUUGUGAGAUACUUACAAGAUAGGGACGACAAUAAAUGCCCCAGUUGCUCGAUUCUCAUUCAUGAAACAAAUCCAUUUGAAAUGCUCAGGUAUUUGAGGUCGUGUCUUGUGUGUUACCAUGUAGUCUGAUCUUCUUCCACGCAAAUGUUAUAGCUUUUGGUCAGAGAGGACCUGAAAAUUGUGAUCGUAUAUCGAAGAUCAAACGAUCCUUAUGAACGCUGUGAUAAAGAAAAGGGGGAAGACGGCGAUAGAUUCACUGUUUUAAGUAAUAAUGGUUCCCUUUAGAAGUUAUGAGCGUAUAUUUCCGUCCAUCCAAGAACGCAGUGUAAAAUUUUGAGUUAUACAAUUUUGUUCUUGCGAAGGCACAAGACUGAGGUAGCGGUAUAUUAUGCGAUUAGCUCGAACGCGCAAAAUUUCAGUUUUAAAGUCACCUUUGUUGCAUCAGAGUAGACAAUACCAUCGACAAUUCCUGCUUUUACAUCUAUUUUAUCAAAGCAGGUGUACAGUAAUACGUAAAGAUCUAGAAAAGAGUAUUUCCAGUCCUUACCGCGCGAGUAACAUUGUUACUUGUGAGUUAUAUAUACACGUCUCAUCUCAGAAAUUAAGUAGACGACUAGUAGUUCCACGCAAAUGAAAACAUGGCUACACAAUCGGCGAACGAUUUCGUGCUUUCCAGUUUCCAGGUGAAGUAUGUUAGCUUAGCGAUCGUUUGACAGCAAUAAGAUGUUAAAGAUAAAGGCUUUCCCUAUGUAUUUUUGUUGACAGGUUGGAUAAGACGCUGGAGGAUGUAAUUUACAAACUUCUUCCCGAGCUACAAGCUAGUAAGCCAUGUAACGCUUUUGUGUAGGACUCUAAUUUAGAACAAAAAAAACAAACAAUAUUUUAACGUAGAGAGGUUACCUGUUGGGUAUCGCAAUUUUACUUAGGGUCGCUGGAUAAAGUUUACCCGAGCUCUUACCGGUUAGAUUAAGAGCGCUCAAAGACCAACCUUCCCCCUAUGCAGUCGAACGAUUUUGACGCUUAUGUUGACCAAAGGGUUGAAGUUUGUAAUUGUGACUGUGGCAUUGCAGUCGUCGUUUAUAUUCCAAUGUUAUGGGGAAAUCCAGUUGAACAGUUUUUGAGAGCGGUUUCGAAAAAUCCACCAUAUUUUUUCUUAACCUCAGGAUUUUCAUUCUCGGGGUGAGGCCUCAGUGUUGAGCCAGCCACCUUUACAAGAGAUCUCCCUCGCGUAAACUUAUAAAUCUCAGUAGAAUUUCUUGUCUUUUAAUUCUUUAAGUUUUUUAACAAAUUUGUGAAUUUUGUUACUAGUAAUUGUAAUUUUAUACAGCUUGCAGUUUUAUAUCACAUUAUACCCAUUUUGUUGAGUAAUAUCAAAUAUUCUCAGAACUGAUAUUACAUCUUCAGAGAGCGGUAAACCGACUGUUAACUCGCCUGAGGCCCGUUUCUUGAAGGUUCCGGUAAUUUAUCCGUCAAGCUGUUCUGUUUUAAUUCGAGAUGGAGGUUUCAAAAGUUUUCAAAAUUAUACAAUAAGCCAAUCAGUUAAAAGAAAACCAAAAUGUUGUGGUUAGGACGCCGGAACCUGCUUCGCUAUUCUUUAAAUUUUGAAUUUAAGAUGUGGCUCAGUUCGGGACCGAUAAAUCACCGAAUCUUUCGAGAGACGGGCCCCUGAUCUGAAAAUAACCACUCGAAGCCUUAAAGACCAAGCUCAGUUUAGUCCCAAAUUCAAGCGUUGAUAAUAAGCUGCAUGUAAGAUUAGAGUCGACGGAAGAAAAUGGUGGACAGUAGUGUGAGUAAGGUAACAAAAAAUUGUAAUUGGUUUCAGGCGAGGAAGAGAGAGAACAAGAAUUUUACAGGCAACAAAAUGUCGAGGAGAGAAAGAAAAUAAAGGAAGAACACAUAGAAAAUGGAACGAAUGGUAAACAUUUUGUCAAUUUGUAAAUUUGUUUCUCAAUCUUCACUUAUUUUCUAAAUUUCGGUUACGCCUACCGACCCUGAACAAUAGGAGGUGGGGGGGAGGAUUUCAUUACCGACUGUUUAUUCUCUGUGAUAAGCUUCAUUCGUGCGGGAUACAUUCUGUUAGCAAAGUACUUUGCAUCUCAUCCACGUUGCAUUAAAAUUCAUGCCAAACUUUGUCUGACCAGAUAUUAAUAACUCUUCCUUUUCCGUUGGAAUUCUAAUAUCUAACAUGUUAAAUUGAUAAAAAGUAAGACUCAGAGGGUUCACUUCCUUAACCAGGUUCGAAACUUUUCUCAGCUUCCGAUUCAACAGAUUACAAGCCUGCGAGUAAAAGAGUAAAACUCUCAGGAGAUGAAUACGACAGCGGAGCGAACUUCCAUCGUGACGAUCCUCAGAUUGGAGUUUGUCUGGAAUGUCUCUGGUAAGAUCGAGAUUUUUGCCAAACCCUCUUCCUCCCUGACCAAUAUUCCGAUAUGUUUUCUGAAGGAGAGUGCUGUUUUGAAGUUAAAUAACUUUAAAUCAGACUUUGGAGAGGCUCUUAAACGUGACUAUGCAAACACUUGUCUACCCUCUCUGUGACCUUGGUCGCAUUUGGCCACGCGCGAAUACAAUGCAAUGGAUUUUGUCAGCCAAGCGAACAAGUUGUAGAAGCAGCUCUUUUCCGCCAGAGGGAGGUGGAUUGGUUUUUACUUAAAGUGUCAAACCCCGAUUAGUCGAGUGGUGUACCCUGUUUGAAGAAGAAGGUCCUGAAAACCAUACUUCGUCCAGCGCAUGAUGCGUUCUCAAUCAGGCCAGAUAAGAAAGAAAAAGAUUCCGAAUCCGGACAUCUUGUGGUUAGCAAUAAAGCAAGCCAGGAGGUUACUUUAGGAUGGCUCUUGGGACAAUAUUUAUAUAAGUCAAAAGUGGGUUAAAUUUGAAUCAGGUAUUUGAUGCCGCAAAAUACUGCUAUGAAUGUAACUAUUGAUCCACUUGUUUCAUACAAGACAUCCGGGUAAAGUGACUGAAAGAUAACUCAAUCUGUUUCAGUGACAACUCAGUUCAAGAGCAGCCGAUAAAAGAGCUGGUACGAAAAUACAUCCGCUGUUCAUCUAGACUGACAAUAGCUCAGGUCAAGAAAUUCCUCAAAGUGAAGCUUGAUCUAAGAACCGCUGACCAAGUAAGACAACGGGGAAUUGUGUUUGAAUUAAAUGUAGAAAAUUCCUUUCAAGAGACAACAGAUUUUAUAUGCACAUAUUCCGUCUAGAAAGGGCUCUUCAUUCAUUUUUUUGUGUAAUUUCAGAUCGAAGUGAUGUGUAAUGGAGAAAUUAUGGGCAAAGAUCACACCUUGGAGUUUGUAUACAUGACUAGAUGGAGAAUAAAGGUGACAAAAACCUUUCUUAGAAUUCUGGAGCUCGAAAGUUCUGUUGAUUUAAUUUUCGAUUUGGGCUUUUUCUUAAAGUAGGAAACAUUAUUGUAAACAUGAGAUCAUGGAACCAAAACAGAACACUUCCAAAAAUCCCUAAUGUCGCAGAAUUAAAAUAUGAAUUUCCAUUCGGAAUGUUACUGAAAAAUCUGUCAAAUCAUGGGUGGCGUUUCAUCUUUAGAACUAGGUAACGGUCUCAGACACUCUUCCAAACGUACUGCGAAUGGGGCGUAUCAGAGGUUGUGUUAUUAGUAGAGUUGCAGUUUAAUGGGAUAGUUCUCGGUAUUUUCCUCAUCAUAUUUUAAUUUUCUUUCCAAGGAGGGAUCUGUCCUCACUCUCCAAUACAGGCCAAGAAUGGAUUUUCUCUGAGUGCAAUACCAGGAUUCAGUUUCUGCAAUAUCAACAACAACAGCGACGUUAAGUCCAAAGCCUCAUAGUUGUUCGAGCAAGUGACCUCUGCAGUAGACCAUAGACGCCGAAAAAGUAUAACAGAGCGUACUAAAAUGACUUUGAUACAUUUUUAUAUAUCAAGGUCAAUUUAGUAUUUUAAAUCUUAAAAGAUUUAAAGUACUGUAAUUAUCAUUCAACUACAGAGUAAAAAUGAUAUACUAAGUAGUUCCCAAGAACUUGAUUAAGGUUUUAUCUCUUGAAUCAGGAGGACCUUAUUUGAUGAAAAUGACCCGGUCAAUAGGAGAAGUAAACUCUGUAAAUGUCAUGAUUUACCCUCGUUUGUUGGUUGCCUUACUAAAGCGUACCUACAAAGACAUCUGGCCACUCAACGAGACUUACAAUUGCAUUGAAAUCUUUCACAAUAUUGACCAAAACCCGGUGGAUUAAAAUCCACAUGCUCAAGUCAGUUAGUAGCAAAUUGUGCACUACC